AAAGACAACAGAAUGGAUGACAUUUGGCUGGUGGAUUUUUAUGCACCAUGGUGUGGUUAUUGCAAGAAACUUGAGCCAGUGUGGCAGGAGGUAGGAGCUGAGCUAACACGUUCAGGGUCACCAGUCCGAGUGGGCAAAAUGGAUGCCACUGCAUAUUCAGGUGUGGCCUCUGAGUUUGGCGUGCGAGGAUACCCCACGAUUAAACUGCUGAAGGGGGAGCUUGCCUAUAAUUACAAGGGCCCAAGAACCAAAGAUGACAUAAUCGAGUUUGCCAACCGGGUAGCAGGACCAGCUGUGCGAUCCCUCCCAAGCAGACAGAUGUUUGAACAUAUAUUAAAAAGGCAUAAUGUGUUGUUUGUGUAUGUUGGUGGGGAGUCGCCUCUCAAAGAGAAAUACAUUGAGGUGGCAUCUGAGCUCAUCGUGUACACGUAUUUCUUUUAUGCAUCUGAAGAUAUCUUAACUGAGUCUGUUACUUUGCCGGAAUUACCUUCAGUGCUUGUUUUUAAAGAUGGAACCUAUUUCACAUAUGAUGAGUAUGAAGAUGGAAGCUUGUCAUCCUGGGUAAAUCGGGAGCGUUUUCAAAGUUACAUGCAGAUCGAUGGCUUUACACUCUAUGAGCUGGGAGAAACAGGUAAAUUGGUGGCAAUUGCAGUUACUGAUGAGAAGGAUCAAACAGAGCAGAGUGUCAGGUUAAAAGGUUUUGUCCAGAGAGUUGCUACUGAGAACAAGGAACAGUUUAACAGGGAUUUCCAGUUUGGCCACAUGGAUGGUAAUGACUACAUCAACAGCCUGAUAAUGGGGUCAGUAUCUCUAGAGCAUUAUUUAAAGCAGCCAAUGUCAUUGUUUCCUGUAUUUGUUUUCUUAUUUUAUUCUUUCUCUAGCGUUACGGCCUUAAAGUUUACAGUAAAGACCAAAAACGAUAACUAUAAAGAUAACUGUAAUGGUUAAAUAUAGCUGCAAAUA